UUCUUCUUUUCUUCUUCGUCGCGCAGCGCCGUGGUCUUUACUCUCUUUCUCAAAUUCCUCAAAAUCAAAGCUACUUCGAUCUUCCUUAGUUCGUUUCUACGGUUGCUCAAUUCCUCUGCAAUGGAUUCAAAAUCACUGGCUAAAUCCAAAAGAGCUCAUACUCAACACCAUAACAAGAAAUCGCAUUCGGUUCAUAAGCCGAAAGGUCCUGUAGUUUCAGAGAAGAAUCCUGAGAAGCUUCAAGGAAACCAAACCAAGACUCCGGUUCAAUCUCGACGAGUCUCUGCACUCCCUUCGAAUUGGGAUCGGUAUGAUGAUGGUGAUGAUGAUGAACUCGAUGCAGCUGCGGAUUCGUCGAUAAGCCAAACUACGACGGAUGUUACACUACCAAAAAGCAAAGGAGCUGACUAUUUGCAUUUGUUAUCUGAAGCUCAAGCUGAGUCUCCAUCUAAGAUUGAUGUUAGUUCAGAUUGUUUAUCAUCGUUAGACGAUCUUUUACACGAUGAAUUUAGUCGCGUUGUUGGAUCUAUGAUCUCGGCUAGAGGGGAAGGUAUACUUUCAUGGAUGGAAGAUGAUAACUUUGUUGUGGAAGAAGACGGAUCAGCUUCAUAUCAGGAGCCUGGAUUCCUCUCCUUGAAUUUGUAUGCUCUGGCUGAAACACUUGAGAAAGUGGACUUGCACGAGAGACUCUACAUUGAACCUGAUCUUUUGCCGCUGCCCGAGCUGUGUACAUCCCAAUCAAAAGUGAGCUGUGAUGAAGAAGACACAGAAGCUGUGUUAACGAGGCUAAAUAAGCCGGCUCAACAAGAAUCCAGUGGAAAGGUGAAGGUCGCCGCACAAGGAGUAUCAUCAGUCUUGGAAGCCGAGUCUCAGGAUCAAGUUAAGGACAUACCAAUACUCGCAGACGAGUCAGUGAAAUCUUCAGCUAUUGAAGAUGAUCUAGAUUUUCUCCUCAACUCCGUCAGUGAAACACAUGCUCAGCCUAGCCCGGUGGCCAAUGCCUCAAGUACAUCCAAUCAGAAUCCUAGUGUCCAAAAAUCUUCAGCUUUUGAAACAGAGCUAGAUUCUCUUCUCAACUUUCAUAGUAGCGCAGAACCAUACAACAAUCCGGCUAACUCAUCUGAUCAAAAGCUUCACACAUCGGGGUUUGAUGAUGUGCUUGAUGAUUUGCUCGAAAGUACUUCAUCAUCGAUCAAACCACAGCAGAACCAGACCUCUUCUUCGCCCUCAGUUGGAAAAUCCAAAGUUUUAGAUGACUUUGAUUCUUGGUUGGACACGAUUUGAUAUAUUUGUUAACUUGCACCUUUUUGUAUAAAAUAGGUGAAUGAGAAUAUUACUUUGUCAUCUAUAAAAAUGAAUCAAAUCUCAAACGAAUGUAGAAUUGUUGAUGAACA